AUGGCGCGGAGCGUCAAACGUCCGCGGAUUGAGCCGCAGGCCUUUCACCAGCUCGGAAAGCAGGGCCGGAAAACCGGCAUCACGCUGCAAGACCGCGGCGAGCGCGACGAACAUGGCAUGCAGCCCAUCGACUCCAUCUUCUCCCCCCACGAGGCGAAGCCUGCUUUUGCCGGCGACGAUGCCUCAGACGGCUCUGAAGGCGCCGACAUGAGCAUCGCAUCCAGCAAUGGCCCAGGUCCCCAGACACUGCUCAAGAACCGACACAGCAUCACGUAUCCCAUUCCGAAAGGCAAGUCCCCCGUGAAAACGGGGCUGCGCUCUCCCGCCAAGAGGAACCCCCGUUUGGAGUACCCCUCGUCGCCCUCGCGCAGCACCUUGCUCGACGACAACACGGUCACGCGGAAGAUUGACUUUGCUGCCCACUCCAACAAACCGCCGAGAUCGUCGACUGCCAAGGCUUUUGCCGACGGGCUGGACACGUCGAGGCCGUCUCCCCCUCACACGGAAGACCACGGUGCAAAUCCACCCGCGGACCCAGCACCGGGAAGCCAGAACGACCCGACAAUGUCAGACAUGGUGGAGCAAUCUAUGCAGCUGGUCAACGCCAUGCACAGCGACAACUUUACGGCAGCGGAGCUUGACCAGGGGCAGGACGAUUUGCCGCUGGCGGGAGGAGGUGACGACUUUGUGGAAGAGGAGCCACGGCCAACGCCUGCCAGGCCGUCACCGGCGAACCCGUCGCCAAUGCAACAGGCCCAGCGAAAGCCUCCGCCCAUGCCUGUGCCCUCGAUUUUCGGCACGAAGAAACGGGCGUCGGUGGAAAUAGUCGAAGAGGGAGAGGAAUCCGAGAGGGCGGCGGACCGAGGGGAGGAGGAGCAAAGGCAGGAGGAACGGCCACGCACGAGUAUGCCGCCACCACCACCACCACCAAGGCCAGCGCCUUCAGCAUCCAGAGAAACCACAGCACCGGCAAUACCAAAGCCCAAACUACCAAUGCCCAAGACAGAGGUCAAACCGGUGAAGCGCGGAAGAGGCCGGCCCAGGAAAAGCGAGCGACGACCCGCACCCGCAAAGGAAGACGACGACGACGAAGGCGACGAGACCUUUAUGGAAAUACAGCGCGCCCCGCCGAUGCCGAGGGCGAGAGGGCUGGUGUCGGUCCGGAACGAAGCGUCGGACACGCAGACGCGAUCCGGACGGCGGUCGUUCCGGCCGCUGGAGUACUGGCGAGGCGAGCGAGUAGUGCGCGGCGGCGGGGAGGCGGAGGCGGAGGGCGCGCAGGACGCGGACAGCGUCGAACCGGGCGACUUCCUCCUCCCGUCGACCAGGCAGGUCAUGCGCAUGCCCGACGACGCCCCGCCGUCACGGCGCGCACCGAGGAGCAAGACGCGGACCAAGGCAAAGUCGGCGGCGGUCCGAGAGGGCGUCCAGGAAGACGAGGAGCUGGAGGAGUGGGAGAUGAACGAGGGCACGAUCUCGGGCGACAUUGUGCUCUGGGAGCCGGAGCACGAGUUCAACCCGCCCAUGGACUCGGACGAGGUCCAGAUCGCGCGGGACCGGCUCGCCAUCGCGGCGGACGCCAUCGAAACGCGCGACAUACCCUCGGCCACGUUCCGCUUCGCCAAGACGCUCACGCUGCCCUUUAUAGGCGCCGGCGUCGUGGACCUGGCCCCCGGCGCGGAGAAGCGGCCCAAGAACUCGCGCAAGAUGCACAUGGUCUUCUUUGUGCACUACGGAAAGGUGCUCGUCACCAUCAACAGGGAGCAGUUCCGCAUAUCGGCCGGCGGGACGUGGUUCGUGCCGCGGGGCAACUACUACAGCUUGGUGAACGACUACGAAGUUCCCGCGCGGAUAUUCUUCGCCCAGGCGUGCGAGGUGGCGCCGCCGCCCGAGGAGUAG